UUUCGUUGCAGACACCAGAAAGGGUUUCUUUCCGGCUUCCCCGCUCACUCUCUCCUCUUCUCUUCCUCGUCCACGUCGAGGAUAUUUUCUCGGUCUUGCCCUGUGCAGAUGAGAUGAGGCUGCUAUCUCGAGUUGAAGGACACCUACACUACUUCUGGACUUGCUUCUGGCUUCCUCUGAGGGCGCAUUUCAGCUGGUCGUGUUGUAGGGAGUUUGUAGAUGUCUCCCUCUGCAGCUGCACUUGGUCUCAUGCCACACUCUCUUCUGUAAACCCCUUGUCAGGUAAGCAUGGCCACCAAAAUGCUGACAAUCCUCCUAAAUUAGCUUCCUCGAGAUUGUCUUUCUCAGUGAGACUGACAUUCUUUGCUGCAUUUCAAGUUUCUGAGUUUACACAAAGUUUCCUAGGGCAGCAAAAUCUCUGUGUAAUUAAGCUUGUAGGGUAGAGCACAAAAUCAUAAUUUUCAUGUCACUCUCAUUGAUGGUUGGGUCAACCGCUUCACAUUGCAAAACAAGGGUACACUUCUGUUGUUGAUUGUCUUAGCAAGUCAAAGGCCACCGCAAUGGCAGUCAUGUGGGAGAACACCUACACGGUUGCAGCCAUUGUAGCAGCGCUGCUCUUUAUGAUGUACAAGUCUUUAAGGAGCUCGCACAAGUUGCCGCCCGGACCACGGCCACUACCUGUUGUUGGAAACCUCACGCACAUUACUCCUGUGCGCUUUAAAUGUUUCAUGGAGUGGGCUCAAACCUACGGUUCUGUGUUGUCGGUGUGGAUGGGGCCGACGCUCAAUGUGGUAGUAUCAUCCGCGGACGCUGCCAAAGAGAUGCUGAAAGAAAGAGACCAUGCUCUGUCAUCUAGACCACUCACCCGAGCUGCGGCACGGUUCAGCCGAAACGGGCAGGAUCUCAUCUGGGCUGACUAUGGCCCACACUACGUGAAGGUAAGGAAAGUAUGCACACUGGAAUUGUUCACGUUUAAGAGGCUUGAGUCGUUGAAACCCGUGCGAGAGGACGAGGUGGGAGCCAUGGUGGCAGCUUUGUUCAAGGAUUGUGCAGAUUCUAGACCUCUGAAUCUGAAGAAAUACGUAUCAGCAAUGGCAUUCAACAACAUCACCCGCAUUGUGUUCGGGAAGAGGUUUGUGGACGACAAAGGGAACAUCGAUAACCAGGGUGUAGAAUUCAAGGAGAUUGUAUCGCAAGGAAUGAAGCUAGGCGCGUCGCUGAAGAUGUCGGAGCACAUACCGUAUUUGAGGUGGAUGUUUCCGCUGCAAGAGGAGGAAUUUGCCAAGCAUGGUGCGAGAAGAGAUAACUUGACCAAGGCCAUCAUGCAGGAGCACCGGCUGCAGAGUCAGAAGAAUGGCCCUGGCCAUCACUUUGUAGACGCAUUAUUGUCCAUGCAGAAACAGUAUGAUUUGAGCGAGACCACCAUCAUCGGGUUGCUCUGGGAUAUGAUCACGGCAGGCAUGGAUACUACCGCUAUUUCGGUGGAAUGGGCCAUUGCCGAGCUAGUUCGCAAUCCGGAUGUUCAAGUCAAAGCACAACAAGAGCUGGAUCAGGUGGUGGGUCAAGACAGAGUAGUGACGGAAGCAGACUUCAGCCAGCUGCCCUACUUGCAGGCGGUGGCGAAGGAGGCACUUCGACUGCAUCCGCCAACGCCUCUGAUGCUGCCGCACAAGGCGACAGAGACCGUGAAGAUCGGCGGGUACGAUGUCCCGAAAGGCACAGUCGUGCACUGCAAUGUGUAUGCAAUCUCACGCGAUCCUACCGUCUGGGAGGAGCCUUUGCGAUUCCGCCCGGAACGCUUUCUGGAGGAGGACAUUGACAUCAAGGGCCACGAUUACCGUCUGCUGCCGUUCGGAGCGGGACGGCGAGUGUGUCCGGGGGCGCAACUGGGACUAAACAUGGUGCAGCUGAUGCUGGCCAGGUUGCUGCACCACUUCUCCUGGGCUCCGCCGCCGGGCGUGACCCCUGCGGCCAUCGACAUGACGGAGCGCCCCGGCGUGGUGACCUUCAUGGCCGCGCCUCUGCAGGUUCUGGCCACCCCGCGUCUGCGUGCGGCGUUGUACAAAAACGGAUCAUCCCCUUCGUGAUGGAGCGUCUGCACUCGUUCUCCACCUCGCAUUUCAUUUUUUCUGUCCCUUUUGACUGUAAAGGAUGGCAUUGAAGAUGUGACCGAUCCCAGUUUCUCAUAAAACUGAUUUUUCUUUGUAUAAACAUUACAAUAUUCAGUCGGUUGAUCAAGUUAGAGCACAUGUAGGAACACGUGCGUGAUUUGAAUCAAAUUAUAUGUAAAUUGGAAAACAUAUUUUAUUGAAUAUUACCAGUGUUUAUCACAAAAACAUGUUAUUUAUCUGAAAGCAUGUUUAUACAUCAACAAUUUGAACAAUUUAAUAAAAACAUGUAUGGUUGCCAA